CGGAGCAAACGGCGGGCGAGCAGUGCUGCCACCUGCGCGGAGGGCGUGUCGCUAGCUCCGAAGGAGCCUCAGUCCAACGCAGACUUCAGCCCGUGGCACAAGCCGCCUGCCCCGAAGGGUGAAAAUCCCCCGAAAGUUCGACGCAAGCUCUUUACGCAACGAAGGAGAUCAGGAGGGAAACAAAAACAGAGGGAGAGAGAGAAGGAGGAAGAGGGAGAGGGUCGGGAAGGAUGAAUGAAUGAGGAAUCGUGAUUCUGUGCCUUAAAAUGUCUUCGCUCGAAGAAGUGAUUCGGGGUGCAUUCAACGAGGAGAGUGAGAGAGGCGCGUGGCGAGCCCCUCGAAUCGACUUUCAGAACUCCGUCGGAAGACCCAAAACCGAGACGAGACGAAUCUCGAGUAACCAUGGCGUCCGGCAGAUGUAAACAGAGAUCGCAAAGCCCGAGAUUCUCCAAAUCGAGACUCUGUUGACAAUGAGACGAUGGACAUUCGGAUAGCGUUGAAGUCAUGAGCGCCCCUCGUCAAAACACGUUUAAUACUUAUAGCAACCCAUGCAUAUCAAGGUGGACCCGAGCUGAUCCCCUCACAACUAAUAAUCUUCCCAGAAACUGCCAAAAUUUUCGCCAUGGAGGUUCACACGUUCGCAUCGGAACUGCAGCGACGAUCCUCUGCGUUUUUAUCCUCACCGGCAUCAUCUCUUCCAGUCUUCUUUCAAGGUGAACGAACGAUUCGCGGACGUUUUAUUGUGUACGUGAGAUUUUAAACGCAAACUCCCUGCACUUGAACUCUCGUCAAUCUCGAUUCUCCCCCUUUCCCCGUUCUUGUUUCUGUUCGUAGUUUCUUUUUCAACUGCGAUAAACCUUCUCGACCCUCGUUCGUUAUCUCUUAUAUACUCUCACUGUUGUUGUUAUCGUCGUUGUUAUUGUUGUUAUUGUUGUUGUUGUAAAAGUAUCAGCCGUCUAGAAACCAGUGUGUGAAACCUGUUAGCUGUGCAUAGGAGUCUUCGUUAUUACAUUUUUUGAUUUCACUUUGAAGAAAUUCCCGGGACCGUCGCUUUGCUGAUUUGCAAUCCUUUGUUCCCGUCAUUGCUUCGGUGUGUCACGUUGCAGCCUCUUAGGCCAAACCAUAUUUGAUACAGUCUGUUUUUCGAAUUAUAAUUGUAAGUUCGUAUCGGCUGAGUAAAAGGGUCAAGUGUUCAGAUGGCACCUAGAGCCAAAGUGAGUUUGUCCGGUUUUCUUUACCCGUAUUUCAAAUCUGUGAGUAUUUUUUCAGACGAAAGCUUUUUCACUCCGCAAGUUUAAAUCUACAGGGAUCGUGUACAUAUGACAAAACCUUAAAACGUUAUGCUUGUAUAAAUAAAAAAACGAUAAACGGACGGUAUAAUAGUGAUUGAGGGAAACAUUUAUAAAAUCAACGAAUUUUAUCGAUGUCUUUUAAAUAUCCUACUACGCUAAAAGAACGCUUUGGUAUAAAACGAAAAAAUCUGCUAUACUAAAAAUCCUAUAUAAUCGAAUACUAAAUAUAUUAACUACCGAUCAACACGAUUCACUGAUAAAAGUAAUAGUAAAAUGUAAAUUUGUAAAUACGUGUAAAAAACCGCAAACAAACUAAAUAAUAUAAAUACAUUGUGAAACAAAUUUAUUGAAAUGGUGUACAACGUUGUGUGUUUUUUAAAUGAGUGCGACAGAAGAAGGAUAAAAUUUGUCACGAUUCACUCAACCAUCUUAACGUUGUUUACAUCGGGGAACGAAAUGUGCAAAGCAUUAACAUCAAGAACAACAUAUUGCUAAUCAACCACACACAUAAGGCGAAGGAGGUGAUGGCCCGUACCACGCGCCCACGACGAAAAAUGGCGAACACGACCGACGCUAACACGUCAAUGACGCCGUUCUCCGCCUCCUCAUCGACGACCUCCUCCUCGACGGAGAGCUACACUUUCAACUACACUGGUCUCGGUGACCUCGGUGGCUACUCCAUGGUAGAUCUCAACUACACGGAGCUCUGGGUCGACGCUUGGAACACCACGGCGUCCAGCAACCUCACGGAGAGGCUGAACGAGACCGUCAUCUCAACCGGGGGAUACUGCGACGAGUGGGAAGCCGCCCAGCACAAAUUGUUCCAGGCGGCCAACAUCUUCUUCGCGGCAGCCUUCCUUGUUCCGAGGUCGUUCAAGGCCUCGGUGUUGGCCUUACGCACCUUCCUCACCGCCGGCUUUAUGCUCGCCGCUCUUUGGGCUGGAAUCACAAUCUGCGCCCUUGACGCAAUGCUCUGGUGUCUCGCUCUCGGACUCCUCAACGGGAUCCACUCCCUAAUUCUUGCUUGUCGUUUUCUGCCACCCGCGCUCAGCCCGGAACUUGCCGAAUUGUAUCUAAAGCUGUUCAAACCGUACAGGGUCAGUAAAAAGCAUUUCCAGGAGCUGGCCAAAGAGGCGAGGAUAUUGAAACUUGAUCCAGGACAAACCUACGCGACCGAAGGUGUCACGCCGGCCGACGAACGCUUGUCGAUACUGUUGCGUGGAAAAUUAACUGUGACCUGCGACAGUACCCAUCUCCACUACGUCAGAGCUUACCAAUUCGUUGAUUCUCCGGAAUGGGAGGCGGCGCACCAGAACUUUGACGACUUGUUCCAGGUUACAGUACGGGCGGAAGAGUCCAGUACGUAUAUAUGCUGGACUCGGAUAAAGCUUGUGCGAGUUCUCAGACACAGGCCACUGCUCAAGGUUGUGCUGAACAACCUGAUAGGCAAGGACAUCACCUCGAAGUUGUACGCUCUUAACGAGCAGUUGGCUGGCGUAGCGGCUGCCAGCGAACACGCCUCGAACAACCCUUACAGAGGAGUUGCCAGGAGUCUUAGCGUUGACGCUGUGAACACCGAGACCGCCGGUCGGGUUCGUUCUUCCACGUGGAAAACCCAGCGAAGGCACAGCAAUCCGCGGAGCGAUAGAAGUUCCCCGGCCCGUCACUCUCAUCAAUACUGGGCACCGGUGGUAGCGAAUCAUUUCCCACCGACCUCGCCGUUCAUCCAGGCGCCGAACGUUGCCUACUCUCUGCUGCCUCAAGGAACCCAGUUUUCACCACCGCCCCGAAUUCCUACGGUGUCUCAUCCACCGUUGACGAAGCAGCGCAGCGGAGGAACCAGCGGCGACUAUAGCUUACUUCCCCAAACGCCGAAGUUGGAGAGGAAACGGUCGAAAAAAGGAGCUCGAGAGGUCACCUUCGAAACGCCCGUAUGACGGUCGCUGGACGACGGGGAAGGUCCUGCGAGUGUUCCGCUCCUCCCGAUGUCGCCACAGCGAAACGCGUAACCCCGUCGACGCAGCGCGCGAUGAUGAACUCGUCAAACAGUGUCCGGGAACCUCGGGCAAACCUUAAUUAGUUGAUUAAUUAUCCGACCGAAGAACCGCGCAGCCAGGAAGAGGGAAAGAUUAUGCCUACGGCUGUCGUGCAGCGUGCGGAGAGGCCUAAAAUGAUGAAGACCCGCGAUUAUCAUCGUCGUGAAACAUAAUCAAAAAAAAAGUUAUACAUAUAGACAUACUCGUAUUACAUACAAAAUGAAAAAUAAAAAAAUAAAGUAAUAAUUUUCGUUAGUGCGCGGUGUUAAAACGACGUUCUAAAAUUGCAGUUCGAGGUAAGGAAACAAUUUAAUCGAUUGUUGUUGAUUAAUCAGCGAGCGAUCCGUUGUGGAUAUACGAUAUUAUUUAUGCUCGGAUUUAAUCCGGGUUUUAAAAAUUCUAUAGCUGUGAAAGAACCGAAGCCUAACACAAGUGUCGAUGUUCAAUCGCUGAGAACAUCGUAAUUAUUACUGAUAUACGAUAUCGCGGCUUAAAUAUACUUAUGUGCAGACUUCGUUGCAAUAUUUCGUAAGAUAAGGAACCUGUCUACCAAAGUUCAGAUGAAAAGGAUACAGUGUAUUACGAACGAGUAAAAUUGUUCCGUUAAGUGAUAAAUAAAACAAAAAAAUAGAAACAAUGAAACAAUCACACAUGCCGUUGUUAUGUCAAAACAUUGACAUUAUGUUUUAAUCGACGCGAAAACUCGAACGUGAGUAUAAAAAUUUGGCAACUAUUGCAAGCGCAGAUAAGAUUUUAUUUAUUUACUCGAAUUUAAACCGACGUACCGUGUAAAAAAAUUAUUCGUCAUUUGGCGAACCAGUUAUAUUGAAAUGAGAUCAAGUUGAAUGAAAUUGUUUUCAAUUAAAUACGCAGAAUAAAAUCAAACUAUCGAAAGAAAAAUUAUUGAACAAAGCUCUGUACAUACAUAUAAAUAUGUCAAGUAUUAUACGUUUACAUUCGAAUAUGAUCAAUAUUGUAAUAUAUUAAGUAUUUCUACAGUGCUAAAAAAAAAAAAAAAAAGAAAAAAAAACAGGAAAUAAAACGGAAGAAUAACGAUAACGAUAAGUAAUACGACCGCUCGCGUGCCAAUCGGUGUAAGUCAGUCACGUCUAUCUAAAAAUUAACAAAACAAGUAAUAAUAAUAAUGAAAACGGGUGGAUUUAAAUUUGCAGACAAGAUACUUGAGAAAAGAAAUUUAAGGAUUGAAUUCUUAGCGUCUUGUUCAAAGUGAGCAACCAGACCUACACCGACUCGCCAACAAAGGUUACGUACAAAGCCAGAGAAAAGUAAAAAAAAUAAUAAUAAUAACAAUAACAAAAAUAAUAAUAUCAUCAUAUAAAAUCGGUCGAACGAACGCUGCGGAAUGUGCUUAUAAAUAUAAUAAUAAUUGUGAUAUGUUAUUUAAUGAAUAAUAAUUUGAAAGAAGUAAAAUAAAAUUAACCUAAACCAAAGGGUAAUCCCCCACUCCCCGCGCGAAAAUAAAGAGUCGAAAAAUUGUAACGCAAUACGUGCUUCGUUAAAAAAAAAAAAAAAACCUGCAAUAAAGUGCUUCGAUGAAAAG